UACGCCUGCGCAGUGCGCCACCGCGCGAACUUAGUGCAGCGGGGUCGCGGGGUCCGGGUGCGCAGGGGGUGGUCCUCCGGCUUUCUCUGCUGGCCACACACUAGAGUGGAGGAGAGGCGCUGAGGGCGGUCUUGCUGCGGCAAUGCCUGAAAUCAGAGUCACUCCCCUGGGAGCUGGCCAAGAUGUGGGCCGAAGCUGCAUCCUGGUCUCCAUCGCGGGCAAGAAUGUCAUGCUGGACUGCGGCAUGCACAUGGGCUUCAGUGACGACAGGCGUUUCCCCGACUUUUCCUACAUCACCCAGAGUGGCCGGCUGACAGACUUCCUGGAUUGUGUAAUCAUCAGUCACUUCCACCUGGACCACUGCGGGGCGCUGCCCUACUUCAGUGAGAUGGUGGGCUACGAUGGGCCCAUCUACAUGACCCACCCCACCCAGGCCAUCUGCCCCAUCCUGCUGGAGGACUACCGCAAGAUUGCUGUGGACAAGAAAGGCGAGGCCAACUUCUUCACCUCCCAGAUGAUCAAGGACUGCAUGAAGAAGGUGGUAGCUGUCCACCUGCACCAGACGGUCCAGGUGGACGAUGAGCUGGAAAUCAAGGCCUACUAUGCGGGUCAUGUGCUGGGGGCAGCUAUGUUCCAGAUCAAAGUGGGGUCAGAGUCGGUGGUCUACACGGGUGAUUAUAACAUGACCCCAGACCGACACUUGGGAGCUGCAUGGAUUGAUAAGUGCCGCCCCAACCUGCUCAUCACCGAGUCCACGUAUGCCACAACCAUCCGGGACUCCAAGCGCUGCCGGGAGCGAGACUUUCUGAAGAAAGUCCACGAGACUGUGGAGCGUGGAGGGAAGGUGCUGAUCCCUGUCUUUGCUCUGGGCCGAGCACAGGAGCUGUGCAUCCUGCUGGAGACUUUCUGGGAGCGCAUGAACCUAAAGGUCCCCAUCUACUUCUCCACGGGGCUGACGGAGAAGGCCAACCACUACUAUAAGCUCUUCAUCACUUGGACCAACCAAAAGAUCCGCAAGACCUUUGUCCAGAGAAACAUGUUUGAGUUUAAGCACAUCAAAGCCUUCGACCGGGCAUUUGCAGACAACCCAGGUCCAAUGGUCGUGUUUGCCACACCAGGGAUGCUGCACGCAGGCCAAUCCCUGCAAAUCUUCCGGAAGUGGGCAGGGAAUGAGAAGAACAUGGUCAUCAUGCCUGGCUACUGUGUGCAGGGCACAGUGGGCCACAAGAUUCUCAGUGGGCAGCGAAAACUGGAGAUGGAAGGGCGGCAGGUGCUGGAGGUGAAGAUGCAGGUGGAAUACAUGUCGUUUAGCGCCCACGCAGACGCCAAGGGCAUCAUGCAGCUAGUAGGCCAGGCUGAGCCGCAGAGCGUGCUGCUUGUACAUGGUGAAGCCAAGAAGAUGGAGUUCCUGAAGCAGAAGAUAGAGCAGGAAUUCCGAGUCAGCUGCUACAUGCCAGCCAAUGGUGAGACGGUGGCACUGCCUACGAGCCCCAGCAUCCCUGGGGGAAUCUCAUUGGGGCUGCUGAAGCGGGAGAUGGCACAAGGGCUGCUUCCUGAGGCCAAGAGGCCCCGGCUACUACAUGGCACCCUGAUCAUGAAAGACAGUAACUUCCGGCUCGUAUCCUCAGAGCAAGCCCUUAAGGAACUGGGCCUGGCUGAGCACCAGCUACGCUUUACCUGUCGUGUGCACCUGCACGACUCUCGAAAGGAGCAGGAGACAGCCAUGCGUGUGUACAGCCACCUCAAGAGCGUCCUGAAGGACCACUGUGUGCAGCACCUCCCUGAUGGCUCUGUGACAGUUGAGUCCAUCCUCAUCCAGGCUGCUGCCCCCUCUGAGGACCCAGCUACCAAAGUGCUGCUGGUCUCCUGGACCUACCAGGAUGAGGAGCUGGGGAGCUACCUCACAUCACUGCUCAAGAAGGGCCUCCCCUAGACCUCCAGCUGAAGUCAGCCAGUCACCCAGGCCUGCUACCCCUGCCUUCUGAAUUUCUCCACUGCAGGAUUCACAUGCCCUGGGUGAAUGGAGCCCACAGCUGGGCCACAGUGUCACAUUCCUGCCAGAGCACCUGUUUCUGGCUGAAAAAAUAAAUGGGCCCUGGUACUCCUUGGUUUUUAUUCUUACUCUAAGGCCUUAAGAAGAUGGUAGGGUUAGGGGCUUCCAGGCAGCAAUUUCCAAUAAAAGCAAAAUCAGACGCCACUUGGUUUUCCCUUCCUUUUUUUUUUUACCCCCCAAAGAGAUGGAGUCUCACUUUGUCACCCUUGGUAGAAUGCUGUGGAAUCAAAGUUCACAGCAACCUCUAGCUCUUGAGCUUAGGCGGUUCUCUUGUCUUAAAGCCUCCAGAGUAGCUGGGACUACAUGUACCUGCCACAAGACCUGGCUAUUUUUUUGUUGCAGUUUGGCUGGGGCCGGGUUCAAACCCGCCACGUUCAGU